GUGACAUGACACAAAAUACGCAAGGUCACUUAUGUUUAGCGUUUACACUGUCACUUCUAUUAUUGAGUCGAAGGAAAAAAGUCUUUCAGUGAGACAACUGUGCCAUUAUGGCUUUUGUGCCGCCUCGUGCUGUACCAGCUCGAAGUGUUCAGUCAUUAGAGGAAUACAACACCCCACGAGCUCCCCUCCGGCGUCAGGUAUCCUUAGAUGAAGAGAGACGUGAUGAUUGUCAAGGGCACUGGAGAGGACCGUAUCUGGAAGGAGAAGAGGAGGAAAAGGGUGUACGUCUGUUUAGAGCAAUGCUACUUCAGCACUUGAGACUUGAAGAACUUCGACCGCCGCCAUGUAUGAUAGUCCCCGCGAAUCCUGAUCAAAGAGGUUGGUGGAUGUACUGGAGGGACUGGAGAGCGUUGGAGCGCGCUGCUCGUAGAUUUAGAGAAACAAAGGCUAGGGCUCGGCUGGCAGCGCGGGCUGAACACAUACCUUUAUUAUGCUUAGACGAGGUGCAAUUUGAAGAUAUUAUGCAAGAAUUAUGUCAGGCCUGUGUUCAUAUUGAACAGAGAGCGUUAGUUGUCCUGGCGUUUCUGUGCGAGGUGGUCGCUCGUGCUGUUAGGGUUGGAGGUUGGUGUAGAGCAGCGGAUUGGGCUGCGAGGCAUGUAGCCCAAUGUGCAACUCCCUGGGCUAUUCGACAUGGUGGUUGGAGUGCAGUUGUAGAACGAGCAGGCGGUACGCGUAGAGAAGAGACUCUUCUAGCUGGCGCGGCUCUGGCGGCACUACUCGCGUUCCUUUUGUUCUGCCGCACGCGACUUCGUCACGCUCUGCUUUAAACUUUCUCAUUACUUCCUCAAAAAGGGCGUGGGCAUAGUUUGGAAAGAUUCCCGGAUAAAUUGUUUAUCCAGUGGCGUUAUAUAAACGUGUAUUGGAAAUUGAGUUUCCAAAAAUAAUCUCCAGUAUAAUAUCUUUACAAGCCUUCACGAUGAAUUUAAGAGCUAUUCGACAGGACUUACAUUGAUUAUUGCUUGAUUGUUUUGUAAAUCUUGUACUUAACCAAAGUUUAAAAAUCAUAUAUGUUAAGAUGGAAAUGUGAAACGAUGAAGGCGAAUAGCUUAGAGAUCCGAAGAGAUUGUUACACAUAAGAUUCAUAGAUAGGGCUUAGUUAUUCAAUUGUUUUUAUAAAUGUUUUUGGUUUGAUCCUCAUUUUACAGAUCGUGCAAUAAAGUCCUCAGUAUAUCCAA